UUAGAGCAGCUGAGCCCUGACAAGUUGUUAACUCUCGGGGUCUGAAGGUGUCCCCCCUUCUAGGAUGGAGAGUGCAACUCGCUAACUAGAUGGCGCACUGCCAUUCGGUCUUUUCUGCCUGUGUUGCCGGAGCCUAAAGGAGCAAGUAGCUGCUUGCGAGGUGUUCUUCAACAAAGUUGAUUCUGUGUGAGGUUGGAGGCUAGACAGUUCUACAAGUUUUUAGUCACAUUUUCCAUGUCGGUUAAAUCUAGGGAGUUCAGGCUACUGGAAAAAUUAGUCUCAUUACUAAAAGAAGUGUAGAGAGCGAGGAGGAGAGGAGGUACAGAGCUCAGGAGGUCCCUCUGAUGCAGGAGUGAUUGUAAAUACCAGACCUGUUCUUUUUUACUAAGAGCUAGUUUCAUAGUCUUGUGGUCUGUACUAUUGAGGCACAUACUCAAAGAUUUAUUUUCUUCCUAAUCUUGCUGGUGAAAGGAAGUUACUAGAAAGAGAGAAAACUCUUGAUUUGGUGACUGCAGGAAGCAACACGUUGCUGAUUUCAUUCUACAGAUAAUGCUUUAUGAGGAAUCCAAGAUGAAUUUGGAGCAGGAGAGGCCGUUUGUCUGCAGUGCCCCAGGCUGUUCCCAGCGCUUCCCAACAGAGGACCAUCUGAUGAUUCAUAGGCACAAGCAUGAAAUGACUUUGAAGUUCCCUUCAAUAAAAACAGACAAUAUGUUAUCAGAUCAGACUCCGACCCCAACGAGAUUCCUGAAGAACUGUGAGGAAGUGGGACUCUUCAAUGAGCUGGACUGUUCCCUGGAGCAUGAGUUCAGGAAGGCUCAGGAGGAGGAGAGUAGCAAGCGGACUAUUUCGAUGCAUAGCACAGUUGGUGGGGCCAUGGCAGGGCCCGGAGCUCACCAGCUUGGCAGCACCCGGAUGCCUAGCCAUGACACCAGCGUGGUGAUUCAGCAAGCCAUGCCGUCACCCCAGUCCAGCUCUGUCAUCACACAAGCACCUUCCACCAACCGCCAGAUUGGGCCUGUUCCAGGCUCUCUAUCUUCUCUGCUACAUCUCCACAACAGACAGAGACAGCCCAUGCCAGCCUCCAUGCCCGGGACCCUGCCUAACCCCACGAUGCCAGGAUCCUCUGCUGUCUUGAUGCCAAUGGAGAGACAAAUGUCAGUGAACUCCAACCUCCUGGGAAUGCAAGGUCCAAAUCUCAGCAACCCCUGUGCUUCACCCCAAGUCCAGCCAAUGCAUUCAGAAGCCAAAAUGAGGUUGAAGGCUGCCUUGACUCAUCACCCUGCUGCCAUGUCAAAUGGGAAUAUGAACACCAUGGGACACAUGAUGGAAAUGAUGGGCUCCCGGCAGGACCAGACGCCGCACCAUCACAUGCACUCACACCCGCAUCAGCACCAGACACUGCCAGCCCAUCACCCUUACCCACACCAGCACCAGCACCCAGCACACCAUCCUCACCCACAGCCCCAUCACCAGCAGAACCACCCACAUCAUCACUCCCAAUCCCACCUUCAUGCCCACCCAGCACAUCACCAGACCUCGCCACACCCACCCUUGCACUCCGGCAACCAAGCACAGGUUUCACCAGCCACACAACAGAUGCAGCCAACCCAGACAAUACAGCCACCCCAGCCCACAGGGGGGCGUCGGCGGAGGGUGGUGGAUGAGGAUCCCGAUGAGAGGCGGAGAAAAUUUCUGGAACGGAACCGGGCAGCUGCCACUCGCUGCAGACAGAAGAGGAAGGUCUGGGUGAUGUCACUGGAAAAGAAAGCAGAAGAACUCACCCAGACAAACAUGCAACUUCAGAAUGAAGUGUCUAUGUUGAAAAAUGAGGUGGCACAGCUGAAACAAUUGUUGUUAACACAUAAAGACUGUCCAAUAACAGCCAUGCAGAAAGAAUCACAAGGAUAUCUAAGUCCAGAGAGUAGCCCACCUGCAAGCCCCGUCCCUGCUUGCUCUCAGCAGCAAGUCAUCCAGCAUAACACCAUCACUACUUCCUCGGCAGUCAGCGAGGUGGUAGGAAGCUCCACCCUCAGUCAGCUUACCACCCACAGAACAGACCUGAAUCCAAUUCUUUAAAAUCCACGGGUCAGACAUUGCCUCCAAGAAGAGCAGUCGCGUACCAUGCGUCCUUUCUUGUAAGGGCAUUUUUAGAAUUAACUCAGAUCUGGAAGACUCCUCAGCCCUUCAAAGACUGGCUUUCAUUUUUAUAGUUAUUAUGGAAAUGUUGUCUUUUAUACUUGGUUAUAUAAGAAAAAAGGGAGUUAUGCAAUUAAUAGCUAUCAGCUUGGGAAAUGCUUUGGUGCUUUUCUCCAAUUUUCUGGUACCACUUACUUGUUUAUAAACUGAACUUUCUGUAUAUAGUCAUGGUUUCAUUCUUAUCAGUCCAACCCUUUGCCUGAAACAUUGUUAAACCGCAGCUUAUAGCCAAAAUGAGGCAUACCUAGAUGUCAAGUAAACAGAUCCGAGGUAACGGGGUGAGAAAUUGUAGGCAUCCUAACACAUGUUGAGUGUGUGCUGUGAUGUCACCAGAAUCCCAGAUAAAUGCAGAGCCUUACCCCCUCUCCUUAUAAAAUAGUGUAAGAUCCACUCAUGUCCAAAUAGAACCACCAAACAUCUCGCCACCUCUCCUCCUCCUCUAAGACCACCUUCUCAUCCAGCUUUCCUCUCCAUUUCUUCUUUGUCUUGGACUCACUGUUUACUCUUCAGUAGACCUUUCCUUUGUUUUGUUUUCCCCCAUUAGCAUUGCAUGUCAAGAAGAAAAUAAUGUUUAGUGAGAAAAAAAAAGCAAACCUCAAAAAUGCAGACCUAGCCAUUGCUUCCCUUGCCUGUGACCAACAGCUGGAGUUCAUUCAAUGCUUGCUUUUUAUAAAAUAGUAACCAGGAGAAGCUUAAUGUGCCUGAUUUAAUGUUUUUAAUAUCAGAGCAAAUAAAAGGUGGCUUAGACAUAGGUGAAGCGCUGUUGAAUGCCAGCUACAGGGACACUAGGAAAGAGAGCUUUGUAAGCCUCAAUUGUGAAAGCCCAAAUUAUUAUUGGGGGGCUCUAACGUCACACCCUCAAAUUACAACUGGUUUUAUAUGGCUUGUCUGUAAUGUUGAAAAUCCAUGUACUCUAUAAUAAUUCAGAAGGGCUCUAUUCACUACACAGAUUACGUUGUUCAAUCAUCAGCUGCUAAUAGCCUAAGAUUUACUGGUAUUUUUUUUUUUAAGCCUAUGGAACUGGCUUUGCUGUUCUGGUGGGUGAAAGCAGACUUGAGGAACAAAGAGAGAAAGAAAAUCUAAUGUUUCCAUAGGUUUGCUUUUUAGCUCUCCCACAACAGUUAAAGUACUCUGGCUGCUGAACAAACCCCAUGGAUAUGGCUACCCCACUCUGCUGAACAACUCUGAUUUAUAUUUUCAACAACUGACAUGGACUUGCCCAUUGAAAAAAGCAGAGUCCUGAACCACAGUUGUGCCUCCUUGAAACAAGCCAUCCUACUGUGCUAAUGUUUGAAUAUUGCAUCUCACAAUACCAGGAGCACGAUUUCCACUCACAUUCUAGACAGGUGCUGGUGUUUUCAUCUCCAUUCGAAUGCCUGACCUCCUAAGUGUGCGUGUCUGUGUGUGUGCAUCUUCAGGAGAUUUAAAAGAAUAGUAUUUUACAAAAGUGUGGCUUUUAUAAAAAUUCAAAAAGGGAAAGAUGUGUGUGUGUGUGUUGUUGUUGUUGUUGUUGUUUUCCCUCUCACAAUAGUAAAAGAAUCUAUUUUGGAGAAAAAAAAGAAAAUAUGGUCAUGAAGCCUGAGUUUUGUUAUUAGAUUUCUAUCUGAUAACUUACUUUGUAAAUCAAUAUUUAUCAACAAUUUUUCCACCUAUGCAGUACUUUCAAAAGAAGGUUUUGAGUGUUCAACAGUGAAACUCAUGACUAGGAUAUAUGCUGUAAAGAUCAAACAAAGCAAAAGAAAAGAGAAAAAAUCAAGUAAA